AAGGAGAAGAAGAAGCACAAGGAUAAGAAGAAGCACAAGGAUAAGAAGAAGCACAAGGAGAAGAGCAAGCUAAAUCAGGAGUGGCGCAUUUUAGCCGUCCGCCAUAUCCGUAGCUGUCUUUCUCCUCUCCGACUAAAUUGAAUUGAUGGCUGCUCCACCUGCUAGGGCCAGAGCCGAUUAUGAUUAUCUCAUUAAGCUUCUUUUGAUUGGAGAUAGCGGUGUGGGUAAAAGUUGCCUCCUUCUACGUUUCUCUGAUGGCUCCUUCACCACUAGCUUCAUUACCACCAUUGGCAUUGACUUUAAGAUAAGAACCAUUGAGCUUGAUGGCAAACGUAUCAAGCUCCAGAUUUGGGACACUGCUGGUCAAGAACGCUUCCGCACUAUCACCACCGCUUAUUACCGUGGGGCAAUGGGGAUUUUGCUGGUUUAUGAUGUCACAGACGAGUCUUCCUUCAACAACAUUAAGAACUGGAUUCGUAAUAUCGAGCAGCAUGCUUCCGAUAAUGUUAACAAGAUCUUGGUUGGGAACAAGGCUGACAUGGAUGAAAGCAAGAGGGCUGUACCUACAGCAAAGGGUCAGGCUCUUGCUGAUGAGUACGGUAUUAAGUUCUUCGAAACUAGUGCUAAGACAAACCUAAACGUGGAAGAAGUUUUCUUCUCGAUAGGGAGGGACAUAAAGCAGAGGCUUUCUGACACUGAUUCCAGGGCUGAGCCUACGACGAUCAAGAUAAGCCAAACGGACCAAACAGCUGGAGCCGGGCAGGCUACACAGAAGUCUGCAUGCUGUGGAAAUUAAAGAAAGUUGUAAAAUUGAAGUUUUAAGUCAGAAAAAAUAUACGAAGAUGUCGCUGAUGGGUGCUCGUGCGUGAUUGAACGUUUCUGAUUCUUUCUAAACAUCCUUUUCUCCUAUCUAUUAGUACGAAGGUUUAAUCGAAACUUGUAUUCAUUUUUUUUUUUUUAUGUUGCUGAAUAGAGUUAUAUUUCUUUUGCACUUUAAUCAAAUCUUGACUUCUAAGAGUU